CGUCAUUCUAACGCGACACGUCAUCAGUGCAGACGGCCCUUGCGCUAUCAGACGCGAGACAAUGGUUUAGAAAUUCUGUGAUGGAGCUGUCCCUAAAUUUAAUUCAAUUUAUUGGAACAAGCGCGCGCUUGAAAGGAGCACACAAUUCCCUCCUAUCACAGUGCUUUACUGCACCUGACCCCACCCAUCUCAGAUACCGCAGCUUGCGCGCCGAGGAGCAGUCUGGGACAAAUAUACAAGCAGCAUCUGGAUUUGAUUUAAUUCAUACGCGCUGUUGUGCAGUACUGUAGCCUGUAAACAAUCAUAGAAAUUGCUUAUAUAUUUGUUGUGUGUUUGCAAACGAGGGAUUUAAUUCAGUUAUAAAUGCGUAGUGCUGCUGAAUAUCUGAAAGCAUUUGACGAAAAGGAUCUCAUCUGCACGCGGAUGUUGACCAAAGAAGACAUUGGAGUGUUCCGGAGGCAACACAACACCGACGAGAACGAAGGAUGUCUAGACUAGUUCUAUUCUUUUGAAUGGACAUUUUUGGGAAUACCUGCUUGUUUGGAUAGCUCUCUGUCAGGUGACAUAGAUAGACAGGGGUUCUUCUUUAUCUGUGUUGUUUUAAUAAAAGUGAAGCAGCGAUGGAUGAAGGUGCAGAGUCCGAUGAUGCUGUCAUUAUUGUGGAGAACGAAGCAGAGAGCAUGCCAGUUCAGGAGAACACGAACGCCUGCAACGAGCGGACAGGCACCUUGAAUUUUCUGGACACUUGUCCCGUGUGUCAUUUAAACUUUCACAGUCGAGAACCAAAACUUCUGCCAUGUCUCCACUCAUUUUGUAAGAAGUGUUUGCCGUCGGCUUCCAGGAAUUUGGCCAUGCCAGACACUAACAGCUCGACGAAACCACGUGAGCUGCUCAUGUUUACAAACUAUAGAUACGCGAGACAGUGCAUCCCAAAUGGGGAGGUGCAUCCGGUGAAUGUGAUUCGCUGUCCGGUGUGCAGACAGGAGUGUAUGGAGGUAGACGUGAUGGAGAACUUCUUUGUGAGGGACUCAGUGGAGGCUUCCAGCAGCACUGUGGAGAGGACUGUUCAGCUGUGUAUGAGUUGUGAGGAUAACACAGAGACUACAGGUUUUUGUGUGGACUGUGUGGAGUUCAUGUGUGCCACCUGCGUGGAGGCCCACCAGAGGGUCAAGUUCACCAAAGACCACACCAUCAGACAGAAGGGGGAUGUAUCUCAAGAGUCUGUGGGUGUUUCCACUCAUAGGCCAGUGUUCUGUGAAGUCCACAAGCAGGAGCCCCUGAAGCUGUUCUGUGAAACCUGUGAUCUACCAACCUGUCGAGACUGUCAGCUACUCAAGCACAAGGACCACAAUUACCAGUUUCUGGAGGAUGCCUAUAAGAAUCACAAACAUUACAUGGAGGAUAUGAAUCGUCAACUGCAGGAAAAAAAGAAGAUAAUUGAAGAUGUGUCAAACUCCAUAAACAAUGGACUCCUUCAAGUUGAUGAGAACCGCAUAUCAGUUCACAAUGAAAUCAAGAAGUCGAUCUGUAGUCUGAUACUAGAGAUCAACAGAAAGGGAAAGAUUCUUGUCAAUCAGCUUGAGGGCCUGACAAAGGAUCAUGAGAGCGGUCUGAAGAAGCAGAAGGAGGAUAUUGGCUAUCUGUCCAGACACCUGGAUCACGUGAUCAACUUCACAAAAUGGGCGACAGCUAGGAACGGCGGCACAGCUCUCCUGUACUGCAAACGUUUGAUUCUGUUUCAGAUCGGAAACCUCCUGCGGGCUAAAUGCAAUACCUCGUUUGUACCGCAGAGCACUGUGCGUUUCCAGUGUCGGUCAGGCUUCUGGGCUUCAAAUGUCGAUCUGGGCUCAUUAGUGGUGGAGAAUGUCCCAGGCCCCCAGCUGGGCGGCUUCCAGGGCAUCCCUCAUCAACUCCCCCAUCCUGGGCAGGGCCCCUCAGGCUCCCCCAACAGCCUGCCCCCAGGCCUCUCCCAGCCCCGCCUGGCCCCCCACAACCACAACACCCUGGCUCAGCUCCAGAUGCAGGUGGAGAAACUAGCCCAACAGCCUCACUGGCAGCCCCAGACCCCACCCUGGGCCUGGUACCAGAGCAUGCGGCUCCAGAGACCACCUCCAGGGCCCCUCCAGGGUGGCUCUCCCUCCCAGAGUCUCCCCCCCAUGCACCAGCAGGGCCGGAGGUUCAUUGCCCCCCCUGCAAUCCAUCUCAGUCCCACCAGUACCCUGCCAAGUCCUGGAUAUCCUCCCCAGGCUGUCCAAUCACUGAGAGGCCUGGUGAGCAGCCCCAGCAGCUAUGCACUCAAACACAUGGACGUAUUCAACCCAAUGCCUCACUUCUCCCACAAUGCACCACUGCCUAGCAACGGCAGCCUCAGUUCUCCUCACUUGCGACAGCAACAGAUGGAGUCUGCAUAUCACAACAAGCACCCUGGAGGCCCUGUCCAGAUAAUAAGACCCAACUUCCCUCAGACCCUACCAGCUUCCCUCCCAUACAGAACUGCACAAGGACACCAUCAUGCAGGACUAACUGCUAUAUCCUGUGAAGAGAAACCAGGGACUGUUUCCUGGAAACCUCUGGAGACGCAGCAGAAGGCGUAUGGAGCUGGGGGAUCAGCUGCCAAGAGGAGACGAAGGUCAUCGCCUGGACCCAUCAUCAUCAUCAAAGACGAGCCAGAGGACGACAUCAGCUGUGUACAGGGUAACCUGAGAGCCAACCUCCCAGACAGUAGCACGGGGGUCCAGGCCCAAACCUGUCAGCAAGAUGGAGGGGAACAACAAGUCCAGAUAUCUCGUCAGAGCACAGAGCAAAAGGCCCAGACCCCACCACAGCCUCCAGGGCCUUCAGGGGACCUGAGUCAAGCCCCACAGCAGAGCCACUCUCUGGGGGCAGAGCAGCAGCUAGGCAGUCAGGGCCCAGCUCCAGAAGAGGACCCUAAUGAGGAUUGGUGUGCUGUGUGUCAGAAUGGAGGAGAGCUGCUGCUGUGUUGUGACAAGUGUCCCAAAGUCUUCCACCUCUCCUGCCACAUCCCCACCCUCUUCAGAUUACCCAGUGGGGAGUGGUUCUGCUCAUUCUGCCGUGACCUGUCAGUGCCUGAGGUGGUGUAUGACUGUGACAUCAGCAGAUUAGAGCCCAGAACAGUGAAGGAGGAACCAGACUCUGAGGGAGGAUUCUGCCCUGUGGACAAACGGAAAUGUGAGAGACUGUUGCUGAAGAUGUACUGCAGUGAACUCAGUGCUGACUUCCAGGAGGCUAGAUCUCCCUUGAUAAUGCCAGAGAACCAGGAGAGCCCAAAGACGCCGAUGGUUCUGUCCAUUGUGAAGAGCAAGCUGGAAUCCAGGCAGAGCCCCUGCUACCAGACACCUUCUGAGUUUGUAUCAGACAUCCGACUCAUCUUCAGGAACUGUGCAGCAUUCAAUGAGGCUGACACUGAGGUUGCCACUGCAGGGAGAAACCUGGAGAGGUUCUUUGAGGAGCAGCUGAAGUUCCUCUACCCUGAACGAAUGUUUCCAAAGGUCAAGUCUGAGGUCAUCAGUCCUGUGACCCCUCCCGUCUCUCCUCCCCCUCCCACAACCACUGAUGAGGAGAGCUCCCAGCAUGCAAAGCAUCAGCGCAGGUGCUCUGAGACCCAGGAGUUGUGUACUCCUACUCCUGCUCAGCUAAGCUCACCAAAGGGAGAGGAAGAGGCCAUAUAAGCGCGCACAUCGUCAUCUCAUCAACUUUUAUGAGUCAAUAACACUGCCAGUACUAGCCUAUACUAGUAAUUAAUCUUAUUCUCUGAGAAAGUCUGAUUUUCUUAGAUGUGCCAAAAUACUCCAUGUUCUGUGAUCGAAUCAUUUUACACAAAAGAACAGUGAAGCAGGGUACCAAAACCCUUUCCUCCUUCUACUAUACCUGCUUAAGACUGGUUUACAUUAAUGCUGUACUAAUAUAGUGUUGCUAUGACUAAAGAACCUGAGUAUCAAAUAUGAAAACAGAAGCUGUUUGAUUAUCCAGCAGCCUGUGUGGAUAUGGAUCUUGUAACAGGGUUUGUGUACCUUCUGGGGAAUAAGAACUGUGACAAGGUUAAUCCAGGUUAGUAAAGUGAAAACACGUCAAAGGUAUCAAAUCAGCCUGAUAAAACAUAAGACUAUUUCAGUUGUUAUUGCAAGACUGUAUGAAGUGUUAGUUUCAUGAACAUGUCAGCUGUGCGAGGUGUAGUUGUUCAGGCCUACGGUAGCCUUGACUCUAGUUUACAGUGUGAUGGCUGGUAGCAUGACACGAGGCCUACUUUAUUAAUCGCAACAAUAGAACUUCAUCGUUGUUCCCUCAUUGUUUUGUCAUUGAGCCAUUCAAUGUGUCAUGUAUUUAUAUUUCACAUUGUUGUAGUGAUUUUUAUGCAAUGUAUGUAAAUAUUUACGAUGAUUCAUUUAAACCAGGCAAGUAAAUAUUCAACAAAAUGCAUUUUGUUUCUCUUGCAGUCCCAAAUAACCUUUCAUUUGCCAUGUUUUCUCAUGACUUCAUACCAUCGCUACUUAUGAAAACCAAAAUAUUUUAUUCAUAAAAAAUACUUCUUGCAUGCAAGUUUACUUGCAGCUGUUUACAGGGUAAAAUAAACAAUGUCCAAUAUCUUA